UCCACCGCUCACCGCUCGCCGCUCAGCGCCCGCCAUGAACGGCUCGUUCGAGUCACCAUCACAUCUGGAGCGACGUAUCAGAGCAGAGAUUGAGGAUGCGGAGGAGUCGUCCCUCUCUGCGCCAGGCUUCGGUCGUAGGGCACGAUCAGAGUCGCUCAGCUUUCGUACAGACGAAGGGUCGCAGGAUGGCGAGCGCACCACAUCCUACCACCCAUCAACGCAUCGCAUACUACCUGACCUCUCAGAGCUCAACAACACACCGACUGCAGCAAGGACUCGCACCACUCAGACUCUAGCCGGAGUCCUAGACCGCCAACAACAAAGACGACAGAGCCGCAACGACGUCAGUCAAGAGAACCAGCAGAAGCAGCCUCAUGGUCGCUCGCAGGAUAGCAAUGCGCAAUCUCAGCGACCAUUCGCCCGCUUUGGCGGCUCUGUGUCAGAGUCGGGCUCCUUUCAUGGCCGGGAAAGUCGCGACAGUGGCAACGGUGAGGGAGGCCCUCGCGACUCGCUGCCCCUCACAUCGACGCCGCAGAAGACUGGAUGCACCCAUCGAUCACAGACGACCUUCUAUUCGCAAAAAAGCAACGAGGCGGGAGGUAGUGGGGGCAACGCUACCGGUCGUCAAGGUGCAGGAUCAGCGGCGCUGGCACGGCGAGCAGCAGAAUCGGCUGCGCGAGAUGCCACUAGACAAUCAGCCACCAGGAGCAGUCGCGAUGACGAGGGAACCGGCUCGGCUUGGAGCUCCGGGAGAGAUAGCAGGACAAGAGACGGUAGCAGACCUCUAUCCAAUCAAGACGAUCUAAGCGUAGGGACCAUCGACUCCAUUCGUCAAGACAGGCCAGUGACAGCGAGCGCUGCACCCGCCGACGAUGCAGAGUCCAGUCGCGAGGAUACCACCCGAGUGUCAGAGGCAGAGACGAGCGCACAGCCGACAGAGGGGAUGCAACCGCCAAUAAGCCAUCAGCGCGAAAACGAACCCUCAGGAGCCUUCACAGAGGACAAGUCUCAAGCCACGCCCACAAGACCAGUCGCGACGAGCCUCGCAACACCGCGAGCCAACGCUGCCGUCACAGCGGAUCGCAUGCAAUCGUACGUCCUGAGCGCCUUCAAAGACCCAGUGCGAGAGCUGCGCGUCCAGCAGUCUCUACGUACUCAGCGAGUCAGACCUCAGAGGGUGCCCCUGGCCCCCAGCGAGGAGAGCAGCAUAGUCGAGCCAACGCCUGCAACGGACAAAAGAAUGAAUCGUCUCGGUCGCUCGAUGAAGCUGGGAGCGGGCAGGACACCGCUGCCUGCCCGAGUACAGAGCGAUGCAGCCUCGCAAGCCUCCGAGCAGUCCUCGACAUACGACCUCAUGACGCCAGCAAAGGGCUGGGCGAAUACCUCCCUGCCAGGUAUCGGACUACAAGCCGACAAUGCGGCUCAAGCAACGAAUCGCAUCGACCCAAACAAGCUGUCCCGCCACCUGCACAAGCUCAAUGGCGGCCUCGUCGAGGAGAACGCCGAGCUCAAGGCCGCAGCAGCUUCUGCUCAGAGCGAAGUCGAGACGCUCAGGCGGCAGCUCAAUGUUGCCCUGCGCGAGAAGGAGAAGGCGCAACGCCAGCUUGCUAAUCAGUCGCGCGUAGGAGACAAUAGUGACGACCAACGCUCGCCGGCCAACAUUCCCCUACCACCAAGCCCCGCGCCGGGUGACUCCGCUGAUCACGAGGAGCGAGAGCAAGCCUUGCAGGAAGCUCUGGAAAAGAUUGAGGAGCUUGAAGGCCACAAAGAGGAGCUGAACGACAUGCUCGACGCACUCGAAAGUGAGCACGAGAAUCUGCGCGGCGAGAUGGAGCAGCUCAAGCAGCGUCGAGUGGCAACAAGGAACGCAGGCAACGGCGACGAGUCGGCUGACCAAACACAAGGCAGUGCCGCCCUCUCUGAGCGUGACGUCCUUCUCAACGACCUGGAGGCGGAUCUCAAGCGCUGUGAAGAGGAGAUCCAAGUGCGCGACGAGGAGCUGCAGCAGGCUCACGAGCAGCUCCAGGCCAGCGAAGAGCAUCGAGCCAGGCUGCAAGACGAAGUUGAGGAGGCAGCCAACUUUGCUAUGCAGGAGACGGGAAGGUUCGAGGAGGAGCGGGACGCUGCUAUCAAGGAGGCUGAGGACUACAAGGGCGAGGUGGACCGCUUGACUCAACAGGUUGAGAAGCUAGAGAUUGCUGCGCAGGGCUUACGAGCUGAGCGUGCAUCGAAGGGCGACGCAGACGACGAGGAAGCGCAACGUCUGCGCGAAGAACUGGACGAUGCUCGCGCAAUCCACGCCGAGGAAAAGGCCGAGCUUGAAGACCUUCUCAAGGGCCAUGAGAUGGACCUGCAAGCAAUGGAAGACGAGCGCAAAGACCUCGAGGAGCAGAUCCGCAAACUGACGGAGGAAGCAGACGAGGUUCGCGAUGAGAUGGAUCGACAACGCAUUGCCGUGGACGAGAAGCAGAACGAGAUUCUGAAGCUGAAUCGACUGCUGUCUGGCUCUGAUAGUACGGCCAAGGAGCUUGCGGAUGUUCGCGAGCAGCUCAGCAAGGCUAAGGCUGAGGCGAGUGAAACGCGCGCUCAAGCAAUGGAGCUCGAACAGCUCAAGAAGCAAAAGGUGGACCUUGAGGCGCGACUGGAGUCGUACAAGCAGCAAGUCCAGGCUCACUCCAGCUUCAGCAUCAUCGCCGGCGCAGCUGCCGCAGGCAAGCAGGAUGGGGCUGCCCACCAGUCUCAGACAUCGUCCAUGCUGCAAACCCCAGCAAAGCAUCGCGCCCUCGCCGCCUUGCAGACGCCAAUACGCACCCCUCGUUCACCAGGCCAGCUCAGCCCUGCCUCAUGGCUCAAUCACGACUCCUCUCUCGGGAACACCAGCGUUGUCGAACACAUCAAGCAGCUUGAGGAGCUCCUUGCCGCCGCAAACGCGCAGCUGGACGAGAAGCUGAGCGAGAUCGAUCGACAAGGUGUCAGUCACCUUACCUUGUCGCGCAAGCUGUUCGAAGCGCUCGAUAGGAUUGAGGAGCUCGAGGCUGAGCUGCGCCGACGGGGCGUAUCACGUCGCGACGAGGAUGCGGCAGACUUUACCUUUGCAUCGGCGACGACAAUGAAUCUCGACCGCAAGGCCCGCUCACAGCAGCGUGACCAAGCACUCGCUGAAUUUGUGGAGAAAAUCCCGCAGCUCACCGCCAGAUUGGCAGAGAUGGAGGAAGAAAACAAGGUGCUGCGGAACGCGCAGAGCAAGGUGAAUAAGGCAGGAGGAGGCGCAUUGUCAAAAGGCAAGAGCAAGACCACCCGCAAGGAGCUCCACUCAACCGCGCACGCCGAGCUUGCGCGCGCCCGCGAAGCCAUUGCAGACCUGGACGACGAGCUUCACGCUGAGCGUCGUCGCCUCUCUGAGCUGGCCCGGGACUCUAAGGCCUAUGGUGAAGUCAGCACAGCAGCUGAGCGCGACCUUGCUCGCACUGAACAGCGUCUACGCAGCAUCGAAAACGAGCUCACUCGCAAGGCGUCGGACUAUGCUGAGCUGCAGCAGGAGGUUGCUGACAAGUCCUCUGUGGGAGGUGAUGAGACCAAUGGAGAGAUGGCCAUUCAACUUCGCGUGCUCGAGUCUCAAGCACGUCAAGCGGCCAAGGAGCUGCAGCAUCUGCGAGAAGACCGGGCCGCCGUCCUUGAAACGCGUAUCACUCUCCACUCUCAGAUUCGUAGCGCGACCGAGCGUCACGCCCUGGUACAAGCCGAGCUCGCCUCUACACGGCAGGCGGCGCAAGAGCACCAGCAGCAGCUCGAUGCUCAGACGCGACAGGUGGAACAGUUGCACACUGAGCUCAGGCGCCAGGACAAGGACUUGCGCAAGGUUGCGGGUGAUCGGGAUAGGCUGCACGAGGAGAGGCGUGAUAUACUAGAAGACGUCGCUGCGCUGGAGGCUGAUCUGAGGCGCGUGCGCGGGGAGAGCGAGAAGUUUGGGAUGGACUUGGAGAGGCUCAGGAGGGAGAGGGAUGAGCAGCGUCGCCAAGCUGAGAGGGCUGGCAGUGCACCUGGAGCAGGCGCUAGGAACAGCGAGGCGGCGAACAUCACAGCCGAAGCGCAGGAGACUAUCGCUGCGCUCAAGCGUCGUCUGGACCAAGCGCAACGCAUGAUACAGGACCUCGAAGUGAGGGAAAGCUUGGCGGCUACUAUGGGCCCCACUGCUCAUCAAGACACGGCUGCCCUUCGAGCGAAGCACGCCGCCGAGUGUAAGGGUCUUCUUACGCAGAUCCGCUACCUCAAAGCCAAGUACAUGCGCGAAUCAGACCUGCGCGAGGACCUCUGCUUCCAAAAGACGUACCUGCUUCAGAUGGUCGGUGGGCUCGAGCUGUCAGAGAGGGAGACGUUGCGCUUCCUUGCUGACCUUGGGCGGUCGCGUGGCAUUGAGCAACCUGAGAGGAGUAUGGCCAAGGAGGGGCCGAGGAUGAAGCUUCGAAAGGCUCUUCUGGUGGUCAAGGCUGCGAGCAGGAUGAAGUGCAUGGCACAACAUUGGCGCCAGACUGUUGCGGUGAAGCAGGCGCUGGUUCAGGCACAUCAGAGCGCGAAGAGCAAGAGGAGAGCAGGUGGAGCCAGUAGCAGCAGCGAUCGCGAGGGCGAUCGCGAGGGCUUCGAAGCCAAGCUUGCUGGUGUUGCGCGAUGACCCACAUCCCUCUUCUCACAUCCCAUUGUACAAUACACUCUCCCCUUGCUCGCAAAGCGCCCCUGAGUCCGCCUUCCCCAUCUAUUUCCAUCGUCCAUCUUUCUCUCGGCGUGCACAAUACCACACAUCUU